AUGUUUAAUCCACUAGAGGACUUAUUUGCGGCGGUGGAUCUCACAGGGGCGAGCUUGGUUCUAGAAAAUCCUACCCUCCUAGGGGAGGUUGGUGGGGUGUUGUAUGGCGACAGCCAACGAGAUAGCUAUCUCCGGGAUGGCGGUGCCAUAUACCCUUCUCCCCAGCUACUCAACAACACGGUGGUUGGGUAUGACGGCAAGGACAGUCUUGGUUAUUUCUUGCGAACUCAAGGCGGUGGCAAACACACCUCACCCAUCAAGGAACUGUGCUUUUACACACCGUAUCGUAUGUUCAAUAAGGUGUUACGUGCAGCAGCGUUUUUAUUUCCCGCAAUCCGAGUUAUAUUCCCUUCUGCGGUGCCGAAACGCUCCCCAUUAUCACUGCGUUAUGCAGCUUUAGAACGCCGAGCUAACAUCAACAGCUCCGAGCGGAUCACAGCCCUUAGCUUCCAUCCUUAUUUAAUGAUCCUUGCCAUUGCGUUGGAUGAGGGUGGUCCGGAUGGGAGCGCCCGUGUUGUAAUUUACGACGUCGCGAGAAACCAGCACCUGGCGGUGCUCUCCAACGCCUUCCAAAAGGAGGUCCAGGUAGUGGCGUGGAAGCCCCUGUCCAAAGAGGUGUUGGCGGUGGGUUGCCGAGGUGGUGUGCUGCUGUGGACCCUCAACGGAUGUAUCCGAGUGGGCAGUGGGGGCGUCAACCCCAACGGCGGCGGCGGUGAUGGGAUGUCAAACACCGCGACGUAUCCUGCCACCAGCGCGAAGGAAGGGGUGGUGCCCCAUGCGCUGUUCUACCAAUGCACCCGAGGCGUCGCGGUAACCUCGAUGAGCUUCUCCUCGAUAGAUGGGCGCUACGUGGCGUGUGGAAGCUGCGAGCACACACACCUCCGGGUGCUGGAUACGAGCUACGGCCCGCAGGAGGCGAAUAGCUGUGUGUGUAAUAUCGUACCAAGUAUAGAUGGCGGGGUUGAAUCUCUUGUUUUCGCGACGGACGACUCCUCUAUCAUUUCCUCGGUGUGUGAGGCUCCAAUUUUAUGUGUUACUAACGUCAGACGAUCUGCCUUUGGCACCGCUUGGAUUUAUACACCCGCACCGGUGAACGAAAUCGCCAAAGCUACGGGUAUCGGCAUCAAUUAUUACUUUCUGUGCUCACGCAGCAUGGAAGGGGUCCUGCUCGCCAAGGUGAACGCCUUUGUAGGUAUUGAGGUAGUGAGUGUAAUCUCAACCAGUCUUUGUCGUAGUGUUGGCGGAAAUGUGCGGGCGAUGACCUGCAGUAAGAGGCGUCUGUGGAUUGCAUUAGAGACAGGUCAUCUGUUGGUAUGCCAUUACAACAUUCAUGAAGGUGCGGUAUCGGUGAUCCCGAUCGGUGCCGCCGCGAUGGAGGUAACUCACCUCGCAUCAUUUGAUGGGUGCUCGAGCGGGUCCUUGUUGGCAAUAGUCGAACGAGCGGACUCCGUCUGCUUUCUACCAUCCUACCAUAUCUAA